CAAAAAUGAUUUUAGUGACGUUUAACCCUGAAUAAUUUAAGUUACAGGCAUGAGAUUACAUUGUAUGAGUCCAACAAAUUUUCAGCUUAUCAUCUUUAGUUCCAAGAAUUGCUCUAUGUAUAGACUUAUUUCACUGGAUUGAUUUACAAGCAUCGUCCAGCCCGCAAGGACUACAAUAAACUGACAGGCGGUGAAGAACAGUCGAAAAGCGACAAAAGUCACGC